GCGAGGGAGAGAGAGAAAGAAGGGGAAAAGAGCACGGGAAAGAGACUACAGAUAGAGAGAUCUGUGAAUACUGUCUAGAUUAAUGGCAAAGGUAGGAGGAGAUACACUGAAAAAGAGGAGGAAGCUCUCCCUCUUUCAAGAGUCCUCCUGCUUCUGUUCUGCUUCUUCUUACUGUGAGGCAGCUGGACGUCAUCCAUCACUAUGUUCUCUGACAGCAGGGCUCCGAGGCCUGAGGACCAGAGAGGCUUCAAGCCCCACACCCCUCACUUCUUCCCUUGGCUGCGCAACAGUCUCAAGCCCCACCACAGCAGUGACCUGGGGCUCAACGGACCGUACAAAUGCAACUCCGAGCCCCACAACAGCCUGAGCACGCUGGAGCGAUCCAAGGGGAUUGGGUUAUUCUCCAAGGAGCUAAUCCAAGGAAAGGGCAGGGAGAAAAAGGGAGAGAUGCGUUGUAACGGUGUGGGUUUUGCCAGGAGGCUGCCAGUGGUGCUGAGGGGGCACCACAUACUGCCAGAGAGCCUGGGCAAGCAGAGGGAGGACAGUCCCGCCAGGUGGAACCAGUCUCCUGAGCUUGAGCCAGACUGCGGCACAGGGACUGACCCAGGGGACCGGCCACAGGGUCCCGGCAACAGCUCCACCUCUGUUCAGGACUACUACUCUGAAAGCUCCUUUGUUAGGAACCAGCGUAGCCACCUCAACCUCCUCCAUUCCCAGGAGGACGGGACGGGCCCGUCGGUCAGGAAAUAUGGGCCACUACUGGCACCUGCCCCUGUUCCUGCUCCAGCGUCUGCACCGGCUGAAAAGUUCAAAGGUCAGGAACCAAACUGUAAGGGGCCGGUUGUGGUGUGCACAGAGGACGGGAGGGGGAAGCUGUGGCACUAUGCCAGGCAUACCUACCACCAGAGAGACCUCCAUUCAUCGAGCUGGCUCAGCUCAGAUGCACAGGGACUAAUCAAGAGGCAGCAGGGGUUCAGCUCCAGCUUCAGCUACAUCACAGAGCAGAGCAGGAACUCCCAGAGCCACAGAGACCUGACAGGGCUACGGGAGCCACCUGUGGAGGGGUUCAACGGCCCCAGCGCCCUGCACGGUGUCAUCUUCUCCACCGAGGUUCCUCACAGAGGCCUGGGCUGCACCAAAACUCUACGAGGCCCCAAGAAACCCAGACCGAGCUCGGAGCAUCUCUCGGUCCGGGGCCAGAACCAGACGUGGGUCCAACCGCGGCGGACCAGUGAAGGAAAGCCACAAGGUUUCAGGAAGGAAGCAGGCCACUCGGGGCCGAGGUGCAGCCGAAAGGCAGUUCGAAACCAGAUCAAACGUGUGGUGGACAACCUGGAGCAAGUUCUAGGAGCCCUGAAAGACGUCCAGCAGGAAAUGAAAGAGGUGGUGGAGCAGAUUGACUAUCUGACCUCGUCCAUUGACCUGAAUGAGGAGGAGCAGGAGGGGGGCGGAGGAAGAGGAGGAGGCCAAGACGAAGGCGCCAAGCCUCCCAGUGACAGCAGCUCCAGCUCCAGCUCUAGCUCCAGCUCCAGCGGGGUCACGGUGGGCAGCAACCAUCAGAGACCCUCGGAGCAACAGGACAAGCCAGGAAGCCAAGACCCAUCUGGCACCCUGAGGAGAGGUCAUCCGUUCAAUAACAGCGGAGGCCGGUCUCCGCCGAGUGUGACACCGCACGGGCAAACCGGGAUUUCAUCAGAGAAGACUCCAACUCUCCACAUCACCUGCAGUCUUGGGUCUUCUUCAAAACAAGGCAGGCCGCCACCGUACACCCGCAAUCCUCUUUCGUCCACUUUGUCGGUCAAAACUGGCAGCCCACCUCAACCUCAAAGCCUCACCUCCCAGGACCUUGCAUCCUCUCCCCAAAGAAGCAGCUCCCUCUCACUGCGGCCUCCUACUCCUGGUCUCUCUCCUCUGACAGUGAACUUUUCUCACCCCGGCAACACCCCAGGUGCCAGCCCUGACUCUCAGCUUCCCUCCCCUGGGCCCUCCUCACCUCUCAGGGUCAGCCCCGUCUCCCCUCUCUCUCCCCUGUCUACAAUGCCUCCCCCACCUCCUGCCCUCAGCCCUUCUGUCAUCAUAGAGACCAAGGUCGAGUCUUAUCGGACCCCACAGGGCGACCACCCAUCUGCUGCUCCGCUCUCUCCAUCAUCGGUCCAGCCUCCCUCGGCCAGCUGCCCACCCAGGGACUCAGAAGCACAAACUGUGUCCAAGACUGAUGGAGAGAUGCAAACUUCCACAGGGGGGAACGUUCACCCACCUUCGCAGGAGCGCGCCGCCCCGGCAGACACAACGAAAGCCCCAACCGCACAAGGCCGCAGGGGUCGCAAGCCUCCCCCGUAUCCGCACAACAGGCUCUUUGAAAGAAUGAAGAAAGCCAAGGAGCCCCGCAAGGCUCCUCCGUACCCUGAAAAAAGAAGGCUGCUCUCUACCACAGUGUGA